UUGGUCCAUCACUUCCACUGCACUUGAUCCAUCUGCAUGCCUUCGUUUAACCUCUCACAAUCCUUGCUAUAUUUAGCCUUUGGUAUAUUUGCAAUGAAUGGACUUGGCUAUCAGCCUCUCAAUGGCAUCUCCUCCCUCAUCCUUUCUUUUCUUCUCAUCUCCCACUUGUCUCUUUUCUCGUGGUACUGUCGAUCAUGUAUAGCAGAAAAGAUUAAUGCCAACAGAUUGGAAGAUUGGAUUCUGGAGGAGGAAGAAGAGGCAGAGAAGGCAGGAUGCUGCAGCGGGCGGCGAGCAAUGCAUACUCAUGGUGGUGGGCGAGCCACAUCCGCACCAAACAGUCCAAAUGGCUCGACAAUCACCUCCAAGAUAUGGAGCACAGAGUCAAGUGUAUGCUCUUACUUCUUGGAGAGGAGGCCGAUUCCUUUUCAAAGAGAGCAGAGAUGUACUACAAGAGGCGGCCUGAGGUGAUCACUCAGGUAGAAGAAGUAUACAGAGCAUACAGGGGCCUUGCCGACCGGUAUGACAUCAUGUCAGGGGAGCUGCACAAAGCAAACCACACAAUCGCAACAGCCUUCCCUGACCAGGUUCAGUACGCGAUGCUGCAAGAGGAGGACGACAAUGUCCCAAAGGCAUUUACCCCGGUUGACCCGCGCAAGAUCCACAAGUCGACCGUCGACGGGUUGUUGAAGAAGAAGAAAGGAGAAGGUGCAAAGCUCGGCGGGGCAAAGGAUGCCCCAGCUCCGAUCAACAAGGAGAACGCGCGGGAGGAGAUCAGCAGGCUGCAGAAGGCUAUACUUGUGAUGCAGACCGAGAAGGAGUUCAUCAAGAACUCCUAUGAGAGUGGCAUUGCCAAGUACUGGGAUCUCGAGAAGGAAAUCAAUGAGAGUCAAGAAAAAGUUUGCCAGUUCCAAGAUAAGUUUGAUGAGAGCGUGGUGAUCGAGGACGAUGAGGCCAGGGCCUUGAUGACAGCGACUGCCCUCAAAUCCUGUGAAGACACCAUUGUUAGACUGCAAGAACAGCGUAAGACGGCUGCCAGGCAGGCAUUGGAUGAGUCAGAACGAGUCAAGGUAUUGAGAGAGAAGCUGAAGCCUAUAUUGGAUGAACAUGGUAAAUCUCUACCAGAUCUGUCUGAGAAGAACAUAAGAAAGAAUCAUGUGACAGAGAUGGGGGAUGUGUACCAUGUGAAGCUGGGUGAGCUGGAGAUGCAGACAAUAGUCGACAAGAUCAAGGAACACUUUGAGAGGGACUGCAACAUCUCCAUGGAGGAGAUCACCGAGCAGAUUGACGAUCUUGUCAAUACAGUUGUUGAUUUGGAGCUCAUGGUUUCAUCGCAGACCUCGCAGAUUGACAGAAUGCGCCGUGAAAACGAUGAGCUGGAGAAUUCCGUGAAGACCCUGGAGGAAGAGAAAGGCUUGAGCGAGAUGGAAGAGAAGCUGAAGCAGGUGGAAGAGGAGCUGGUCAAGGUGCAGGCGCUUGAAAGCUCCUUCCACAAGGACGAGAGCACAGUACGUUCAAACUUCACCGAAGCGAUAAACAGAUUCAGUGAUUUCGCAGAUAUGUUACAGGCGCCAGUUUGUGAGCACCAGGCUGGUUCUGGAGCACACAUGUCAGCGGCGGCAACCGAGGAGGAAGCACCACCUACGGAGCCAUCAGACAAGUCCUUUGCUGAUGACAUCAAGGAAGAAAUUAAAGAAGUCGUCAUGGCUGAUCAUUCAGACGUGCCGCCACAGGUUCCUGAACCCCAAGAGAACACCACCACUGAGGCAGCAUCUGGUGCUGCUGUUGCUGCUGCACCGGUUGAUCUGCCUAAAACAGAGGCCGCAGGAAGCACUGAUGUGUCCGUAGAUGGCACUAAAAGUGCAGACAAUGGGCACGACAAGAUCUCGCGGCCUGGUUCGUUGGCACGGCUUCGCCAUAUCUCCACGGACAACCUUGGAGAAUCAGAGGAACAAGAAGAGAAGAUGAAGCAGGAAGGUUCAGCUGUUGAGAUGGCGAAGCUGCAGGAGCGGCUGAUGGAUGGUCUGGAGGACAAGGAGAAGGUCCUGCUAUCUGAGUACACUUCGCUCCUGGAGGACUACAAGGACACCAAGAAGAAGCUGGUGGACGUGGAGAAGAAGAACCAGGACUGCCUCAACGAGAUCAGGUCGCUACGCGAGCUCAUCGGAGAGAAGGAGAGGAACUGCAUAGUGGAAAGGGGCAGCAGAGGCCACAGGAGGACGCCCAGCUAUGGCCAUCAGAGGAGGCAGAGCCUCUCUUCCAUCUCCAGGCUCAUCAGGAUGGGCUCAAGUGUCCAAGAAGGCAACAGCGAAUCCAGUGAUACCGCUAGUGAUAGUGGGCUGGAUGACCUGAGGCUGCCUUCGAUCGCGGAGGUGGAGAACCCGUCGCCGCUGGAGGAGAAGUUCCGGAAGGACAUCGACACGCUGCUGGAGGAGAACCUGGAGUUCUGGAUGAAGUUCAGCUCGUCGCUGCAGCGGGUGCAGGAGUUCCAGAGCAGGUACGAGGACCUGCAGACCGCGAAGGCGGACGGCGGUGACGGCGAGAAGAAGCUCCGGGCGCUCAAGACGGAACUACAGGUGUGGUCGGAGCAGAACGCCAUGCUGAGGGGCGAGCUGCAGUGCAGGUUCACGUCGCUGUGCGACAUCCAGGAGGAGAUCAGCGCGGCGCUGGAGAUGGAUACCGACGCGGCGGAGGAGGCCGAGGAGGGCGCACCGCGCUUCACCUCCUACAGCGCCGGCAAGUUCCAGGGCGAGGUGCUAAACAUGCAGCAGGAGAACAACAGGGUCUCCGACGAGCUGCAGAGCGGCCUCGACCACGUGAAGACGCUCCAGUCGGAGAUCGAGAAGAAGCUCAGCGAGGGCGUUAACCUCUCGUCCUCGACGUCAGCGGCUGAGGGGGAGCCCACAGAGGGGUCGACUGCGGUGGUGCUGGCGCGGGUGCCGUCCAAGGCCAAGGUGCCGCUGCAGAGCUUCCUGUUCCCGACCAAAGCCAAGAAGCCGUCGCUGUUCGCGCGUGUGACACCAGCUAUGCUUCACAAGCAGCAGGUAGACAUGAAGUUUCUUGCCAGGUUGCCAAGGUAGCACCACAGCACAGAUGAGCAGGAACUAUUUAGCUUAAUUAAUUAACUAGCAUCAGAGUUUUUUUUUUAAAUGCUCCAAGCUAUGUAUGAAUUGAACCAAGCCAUUUUGUUUCUAGGGCAAUGUUGUAACCUCUGAGAUCAAUGAAACAUUUUUCCCUUUUCAUUUUCA